CAUCAGUGCUGUUCUCUCUACUGGUGCUUCGGGAACUCUAGAACUCCUUCCUGAGAGGGAAGCAAACCAAGCUACUGCCAGAGAGAGUUCCAUAAGAGCUCUGAAUAUGCAUUGGCUGUGGAAAAUUCCAAGACUUUGCACCUUCUGGGGCACUGAGAUGUUCCACCGUACUUUCCAUAUGAAUAUCAAGAAACUAAUGCCCAUACAGUGGGGCCACCAAGAAGUCCCUGCCAAGUUCAACUUCGCUAGUGAUGUGAUAGAUCACUGGGCCAGCCUGGAGAAGGCUGGCAAGAGAUCUCCAGGUCCAGCCCUAUGGUGGAUGAAUGGCAGUGGGGAAGAACUAAAGUGGAACUUCAGAGAACUGAGUGAAAUCAGUAAACAGACGGCCAAUGUUCUCACCAGGGCCUGUGGCCUGCAGCGUGGGGACCGUGUAGCAGUAGUGCUUCCUCGAGUCCCAGAGUGGUGGCUGGUGACCCUCGGCUGCAUGCGUUCUGGUCUUGUUUUCAUGCCUGGAACCACCCAGAUGAAAUCCACAGACAUACUCUACAGGCUGCAAUCAUCCAAGGCCAGGGCCAUUGUGGCUGGGGAUGAAGUGGUUCAGGAAGUGGAUGCUGUGGCCCCUGACUGCUCUUUUCUGAAAAUCAAGUUGCUGGUGUCUGAAAAAAAUCGAGAAGGAUGGCUAAACUUCAAGGCACUGCUAAAGGAUGCAUCCCCCAUUCAUCAGUGUGUGGAGACUGUAAGCCAAGAAUCAGCUGCCAUCUAUUUCACUAGCGGGACCAGUGGCCCUCCCAAGAUGGCAGAGCACUCCCACUGCAGCCUGGGCCUCAAGGCCAAGAUGGAUGCUGGCUGGACAGGACUGGGACCUUCUGACACAAUGUGGACCAUCUCAGACACAGGCUGGAUAUUAAACAUUUUAGGGUCAUUUCUGGAACCUUGGGUAUUGGGAACGUGCAUAUUUGUCCAUCUUUUGCCAAAGUUUGAUCCACAAACUGUUCUAAAGGUGCUUUCCAGCUACCCCAUCAAUACCCUGCUGGGUGCCCCCCUCAUUUACCGGAUGUUGCUACAACAGGAUCUUUCCAGUUACAAGUUCCCACAUCUGCAUAGCUGCUUCAGUGGAGGAGAGACCCUCCUCCCGGAGACUCUGGAGAGUUGGAAAGCCAAGACAGGACUGGAAAUCCGAGAAAUCUAUGGCCAGACAGAAACGGGAAUUACCUGCAGAGUUUCUAGGACAAUGAAAGUCAAACCAGGCUACCUGGGAACAGCCAUUGUCCCUUAUGAUGUCCAGGUCAUAGAUGAGCAGGGCAAUGUCCUGCCCCCUGGCAAGGAAGGAGACAUGGCUCUCAGGGUGAAGCCCAUCAGGCCUAUAGGCAUGUUCUCUGGAUAUGUGGACAAUCCCAAGAAGACACAGGCUAAUAUUCGAGGAGACUUUUGGCUUCUGGGAGACCGGGGAAUUAAGGAUACAGAAGGGUAUUUCCACUUCAUGGGACGGACAGACGAUAUCAUUAAUUCCAGUGGGUACCGAAUUGGACCUUCCGAGGUGGAGAAUGCACUGAUGGAACAUCCUGCCGUGGUUGAAACAGCUGUGAUCAGCAGCCCAGACCCUAUCAGAAGAGAGGUGGUGAAGGCAUUUGUGGUUCUAGCCCCUGAGUUCCUGUCCCAUGACCAAGACCAGCUCACCAAGGUUCUUCAGGAACACGUGAAGUCAGUGACAGCACCCUACAAGUACCCCAGGAAGGUGGAGUUUGUCUUAGACCUGCCCAAGACCAUCACAGGAAAAAUUGAGCGAGCUAAACUUCGAGCCAAGGAAUGGAAAACAUCAGGAUAAGCCCAGGCCCAGUGAGACUCCCAAGGCUCUUGCUCUGUCUUUCCCAAUCCUUUUCUUAUGACUCCUUAGUCUUCCUAUAGCAAUAUGAAAUUAUUCAUGUAGAGGCAUGUAUGUGAUUUAGGUCUUUGCUUGGUUAUUGACACAGAACAAUGACACGUUUCAUGCUAAAAGAAGAAAGAAAGAGGGAAUAAGAGGUUUGAAGUCAGAAAAGGCUAAAACAGCAAGGGAAAGAAAUUGCCAAUUCAAGUGGUCAGGAAGGGGUAGAGAGAAGGGGAAAGCAGAAUGAGGAGAGAGAGAGAUGAGAAGGAACUGGAGAGAAAUAGAAAAAGGGUUGUGUAGAAGGACACUAGUGUCUUCGCCAAGUUGUGUCAAUCCUUAGGGACAUCAUGCCCAAAGGAGAAGGAAAUACCACUUACAGAGCAUGCCCAAGGCACUGUUAUACACUUGUCAUGAGUCCUAUACAGGUCAUGAGCCAUCUUACUUCAUCUGGGUGACAUCUGCAGGCUCAUCUUCUGCACCCCAAAAUGUACCACUUCCUGUAGCUCACAUUUUUUGUUCUAGCUUUAUUUCCUUGAAUUAAUAAUAAAAUCACUUCAAAAUC